CAGAAAGUAUUGUAGAGACAGGCCGCUGGGGAAGCAAGGUCUGACCCCAGACUGUCUGCAAAGAGGCAGCUGUUCCUAGGCUUAUCUGGUAAAGAGGAAUCAGCUCGUUUUUAGGGUCUCAUCAAGAGUCUGGAAACCUGGAUUCUUGGACAAUUGUUGGUCUUUGUUCCUCAGUUUCUCAUCUGUCAAUUGGGGAUUACCUGCCUACUUCAAGGAAUCUGUGAGGAUCAAAGGAGGAUGGAUACAACACUGGUUUACGGUGCCCACCCUUAGAAAAAAUGACUGAUUACCAAUCUCUUGGACAAACUCUGCAGAAAGGAAAACAGAAGAUGAAGAAAGCAAAAGAUGGAGAUGUUGAUGUGGAAGGCCGUGACAUCCAUCAAAACAGUGAGCCAUUGAGGAUCAUCCUGGUGGGGAAAACAGGAGCUGGGAGAAGUGCUACAGGAAAUACUAUCCUUGGGCAGAGAGUAUUUGAGUCCAAACUAGGAUCCCAGGCAGUGACCAAGAAGUGUCAGAUGGAAACUGGAAUGUGGAAUGGGAGAAGUAUAUUGGUGAUUGAUACUCCUGCCUUCUGUGAGUCAGGUUCCUGGACUGAAGAGAUGUACAAGGAAAUUGGAGAGUGUUACCUUCUCUCCUUUCCAGGUCCCCAUGCAUUAGUCUUAGUGACUCAGAUUGGGCGCUAUACUGCAAAAGAUAAGGAGGCAAUGAGGAAGGUAAAGAAAAUUUUUGGAGUAGAGGCCAUGAGGCACCUAGUUAUGCUUUUCACCCGUAAAGAAGAUUUAGGGGAAUCUUUAGAGGAUUAUGUAACAAAUACUGAUAACAUAGACCUACAAUGGGGAAUCCGAGAGUGUGGCAGGCGAUUCUGUGCCUUCAACAACCGGGCCACUGGGGAGGAACAGAAGGCUCAGGUGGCAGAGCUGAUGUUUGUGAUUCAGAGGAUGGAGGAAGAGAAUGGAGGCAGUUAUUACAGCAAUGCCCUUUACCUUGAUGCUGAGAUAUUCCAGAGACUUAACAAUAGUGGGUCUGUAGAAAGCUACCAAAACUACCUAGAAAAAGUAAAAUCCCACAUUCAAAAGCAGACAUUGGACCUAAGAGAGGCUGAGGCUAACUGUAUUGUCCAGGCAUUUUUGAGGGCCCAAAAAUGGGUUUCUUCCAACCGCCGAAUCUGUUUAAGUCUUUUGUUCUUUGCCUUGGCUUUUCUUGUCAUUAUGGUUGCUGUAUUGAUUUCUCAAAAAGCUUGAGUAGUUUUUCUAAGAUGGCUCCUAAUAGUAAUUAUUGGAAGAUGUCCUUCUCAGUGUCACUAUCAUGGCAUUUUUUUCUAAAUGGAUUUCUCUAAUUUUGAAAACAUAUAUGAUCCUCAACUCCUAUUCUUCUGGAGAAUACUUGGCAAAGAGACACCUAAAAGAAGUCAAUAAUUUUCUCAUUGCUUUUCACAAGAAUCAGGAAAUUAAACUGAUAGUUCUGAUAUCUGGUAGUUUUAGUGGUGAGUUUGAAGGGAAGCUGUGAGCUACUUUGGGCAUCUAUGAUGACCUUUCUGCUGUUCUUUCUCUAUAUCUCCUGCCUUAACAAUGCCACCCACUCUUACAGUUUUUAAGAACCAUCUCUUUGUAGAUAACUCCCACAUUUAGAUCUCUAGCUUAAUCUCUCCAGAGCUCUAGACCUACAUUCCCUAUUGUGCAUAGCACAUUUCUACCUGUAUCUUACCAGUAAUGAAAAUUCAACACGUGUCAUUAUUUUUCCCUACCUAAAUUUAUCCGGUUCCUGAUAUUUGAAACCUGGGGAUUUUCCCAGACUUUCCUCUUUUAAUUUACCUGAACUGUUCAAGCCCUGAGCUAUCAAUUUGACCUCCAAAAUGUCUCUCCCAUCUGUCCCCUCCUUUCUUCCCAAAGCUACUAUCCUGAUAUCACCCACAUAGGUAUUGCAAUGGUCAUAGAUCAUAAAAUCAUAGAUUUAGAAAUGGAAGGGACUGUCUAAGUCAUCUAGGCCAACCCCUCUCAUUUUAUGGUUAAGGAAUUUGAGGCCCUAAGAGACCUUACUUUCAUAAAUCUCUCCCACUGCAAUUCAUCCUCCACUCAGUAUUGUCAAAGAACACUUCUUAAAGCACAUGUAUGAUCAUGUCACCCCCUCGGCCCCCAAUCAGCCAACUUUGCUGGAGGCUCCCAGUCACCUUAAAGAUCAAAUGUAAAAUCUGUUGGCAUUUAAAACUCAUCAUAACCUGCCCCUCCCUUUCCAGUCUUCUUACAUGUUAUACCCCACCCCUGCCUCUCAUGUACUCUCUGAUUUAGGAGCACUGUUCUUGCAGUUCCUCAAAUGACCCACUCAGGUUAUUUUCACUGGCUGCCACCCAUGCCUGGAAUGCUUUCCUUCCUCAUCUCUGCCUCCUAGAUUCACUGGCUUCCUUUGGGUCUAAGCUAAUGUCUUAUUUUCUACAGGAAGUCUUUCCUGGUCCCCUUUAAUUCUAGUGCUUUCCCUCUCUUCAUUUUUUCCAAUUUAUCCUGUAUAUACAUUGUGCAUAAUUGCUUGCAUGUUUUCUGCCCCAUAAGACCGUGAGCUCCUUGAAAAUGGGGACUGCCUUUUGUCUUUCUUUGUAUCCCCAGCUUUUAGCACAGAAUAGAGUUGACAAUAAAUGUUCAUUAACUGACUGGCUUUCUGAAGGUCACACAGGUAGAAAGUGUACAAAUUUCAUCAUGUGCCUCUUCUCAAAAUCCUUCAGUAACUCACAACAUUACAGAAUGUGAGAAUUGGAAGGAACAGUAAAAAUCAUCUAAUACAAGGCAUAUACCAAAGGAAUCCUCAGUACAACAAAUGCAUUGUUUAAUGAAUACAGACUAAACUAGUUCUUUUGACAUUUCAGUCAUUCUGAAAUCUGAUAUCCCUCUUCCUUUGCAAUCUUAUUUCAUACUACCCUUCUUUCACAUACUAUCACUUCUAGACACAUUAGACUCCUUGCCCUCCCCUGUUCAUUUCCCUUUAUGCUCUCACCUCUGUGCCUUCACUUCCUUGUUCCCCAGUCCUACAAUAUCCUCCUCCAUCUUGUUCAAUAAUUGAAAUCCUAACCAUCCUUCAAGAUUGGCCUCUAAUGUCACCUCCUCCGCAUCUUCCCUAAUCUUCCCAUUCAGAAGAGAUCAUCUAGCUCCCCAGACCUCACAUUGUUCUUGAUUUGUGUUUCUCUCAUGUACUGAAUAUGCUGCAUUGUAUAGUAUAGUUAACCUGUGUACGUAUAUCUUGUCACUCUCUGUGAUGAUAAACUCCAUGAGAGCAGGGAUUGAUAUUUACAACUUUCCUAGUACCUAGCCCAAGACCUAUAUACAGUAAAUGCUCAUAUUAUAUAUGUUAAUUAAAUAUUACAAAUCCCAUUGGCAUCUAUGUUAUAAAAUUAUUUCACUGCUUUAUUUGAUAAAAGAACUAACUGCAUGAAUUUUUUUCAGUAUGAAUUAGACCAGUAGUCUCCAAGAAAAAAAAUUUGGCUUCAAAUGUUAGACAGAGGAAAAUUUUGUUUGGAAGAUUAAUUUACAUGCUUUGAGUGAUUUGGGAGCUCCAAAUAAAGGGCUUAGCUCUUUACCUGCAGAUUAAUCAAGAAACUAUGCCAACUCUCAAUGAAAAUCUGCUAAAAUGGCUCAACUUCCUCUCCUGCUUUUGUUAUUAGAUUCAAUUAAAAAGAAAUAAAAAUUGUUGCUUUGCUGAUAGAGAA